CUUGACACUCAGCGUAAUAACCUUUAAACACAGGACAAAUCUUAAGCAUGACUGCGGUCAACACUGCAUGCUCUAGCGAUAGCAGCAGUCAAACAUAAUGUGAGAAUUGUAGGUGUAUUUUUGCAGCUUACCCCGACAAUGAGUGAAAUAUAUUCACACUGAAAAAUAACAGCGUGCAUGUUUUUAUGUUUACAUUAUAAAGACUGACACAAAAGGAAGAGGAAAUUGCACAAGGUUUAAAUCAAUAUUUCAGUGUGGUCUGUAGCUGAUGACUACAUGAGGUGGGAAGAUGUGUUAAGGCGGCUGCAAUCAUUAAUGCUUGAAGUGAAUCAUUAACAAAGACAAGCAACCUAUUUAUAAGUACCGAACUACAACGCUAUGAAAAAGUACCCCCCUCCCACUACCUGAUUUCUCUCCUUUUUUAAAUUUUUGCUUGUUUUUCAGACUUACAUGUUUGAGAUCACACACACAACCUGAGUAAAUGCAAAAUGCAGUUUUUAAAUAGACAUUUUAUUCAUUAAAAAGAAAACAGGUAGCCAGACCUACCUAAUCAUAUGUGAAAAAGUAAUUGCUGGUUUGGUACUACCUUUAGCAACGAAAACUGCACCCAAGUAUUUGUAAUGACUGCCAAUGAGUCUUUCACGUUGCUGUAGAGGAAUUUUGGCCCAUUCCUUUAUCCACAAUUGUUUUAAUUCAACCACAUUGGAGGGUUUUCAUGCAUUAUAAGCCUAUUUAAGAUCAUGCCAAAGUACCUUAAAUGGAUUUGAGCCCUGAAUUUGACUAGGCCACUCUGAACGCUUAAAUUUAGUUCCUUUUUUGAGCCAUUCAGAGGUUGUCUUACUACUGCAUAACACAAGUGUGAUUGAGCUUCUGGGUAUGAAUUGAAGGCCAGACAUUCUCCUUCAGGAUUUUCUAGUGAAGUAGAGUCCAUCAAUUUUAUAAGUGGAAAAAAAUGGAUGGAUGGACAGAUGGAACGUGUCCAGGUCCUGUCGUGAGGCAGAGAAGAAGCUGCAUAGGUCAAAUGCACUUAGUUUUAAAUCUUGUCUAUUUCUAGCAGCACUUGUGAGCUCUUUGAGAUGACUAGGAACAAAAUGCUUUAAUUGCCUCAGGAUAGAAGUGCAGAAAACUCAGCCGUUGCGCUUUUGGAAAUUGUCCUUAUUCACACUUUGCUGCUCCUUUCUCCUGUUUUUAUCCUCAGGUAAGUAGUGGUAGCAACAUCAGGAAGAAGGAACACAUGAAGCCAAGUAGUCAAAAAAAUAAAAACACAUGUUAGAAAAGUAAAAUAGUCUCAGAACCACUGUAAAAUAUAAUAUUCGUUUUUUGCUGGACAUUACAUUUGCUGGACAGAACUAAUUAUAUUACUAGUUACUGAUAUCUGACUUCUAGAAAAUGCUGCAUUUUACUGUGAGCAGCAGUUUGUUGAUUACAGAUGUGCACAACUGAAGCACAGUUCACAACAUAUAAGUUUUAGUGUGACACUUUUGAUUGAAACUUACGGUCGUUAAAGUAAAAUGGUAACACACUAUUAUAAUUAAGUGUUCAUUCCCUGCUUCUAAACCUUCUUGUUCCUUUAAUCAGAAACCAUGUGCUAAAUUUAGCUCGGUAGUGCCAUGCUGAGGUAUUCACAUGCUCGUUUCAAGAAAUAAUAAAGACCUCAUUAGAAAGGCUUGAGUUCAUUCUUGUAAACGAACACUGGACUGUUUCCUGUGUUGCUAGAUCCCCGACAUUCCAUUCCCUCACCUCACCACCUGAAACCUAAGCUACAUAGACAAAUUGACCCUUGAGCUUUAUCAGCUUAAGCGUGAUACCAGGAAGUAUGCACUUCACAUAGCUGAAGCUGAAGCACACAACACAGGACUUCAAGUAAAAAUAUUCUGGACUUUCCCACUUGUGGUGUGUAACAGUGAAAGGAAAGAAUAAAAGAGGGUGUGACUGUGGGAUCUAAGUGAAAAUAGAGACGAGAUGCUAAAGGACUGAAGUGCAUACUGGUGAGGAUACUGGCAGUAGAAGACUGAACUAUGGCCAUCAACCAUUCCAACAAUUCCAACUGUACUGAUUUGGAUGAACUGAUAAAACACUACUACCUGCCUGUGGCUUAUAGUCUCAUCUUCAUUGUGGGCUUGGUUGGAAAUGUAACAUCUAUCAGCAUUUACUUGACAAAGCUGCGUCCCUGGAAGAGCAGCAGCAUCAUCUUGGUCAACCUGGCGGUGACCGAUCUUCUCUACGUCCUCAGCCUGCCGUUCCUGGUCUACUACUACAGCAGAUGGGAUAAGUGGUCUCUCUGCGGAUUCAUGUGCCGUGUCGUGCGCGUUGGGUUUCAUUUGAACCUUUAUGGGAGCAUCCUCUUUCUAACAUGUCUGGCAGUUUUUCGUUAUGUAGUGGUGAUUAAACCACUGAGUGCAGCACAGGUACAGCAGAAGCGCUGGGGUAUAAUUGCCUGCUCAGCUGUUUGGAUCAUCUCUGCCGCUGAAAUAACACCCAUGUUGAGCAUGAUAUCAGUGAAUGAUAACAAGAAGUGCAUAGACUUUGCAAGUACUGAACCCGUCGCUACUGUGCGGUUGUACGGCUGGCUACUUACUGCGUUUGGAUUUCUACUUCCCCUUGUGGUGGUGUUUAUGUGUUACACUGGGAUAGUAAAACAGCUGGCAAACGGACCACGCACAACAAGUCUCUGUCGGAUGCGAGCACGGCGUGUGACUGUACUGAUCCUGGUGGUGUUUGUUGUAUGUUUUAUGCCAUAUCACGUCCUGCGUGUGUUGCGGAUAGAAUCAAGAUAUCAUAACGCGACUUGUCCGGCAGAGAACAUCGUGCAUGCAGCGUAUAUCAUCUCCCGGCCUCUGGCUGGAUUUAACACCUUUUUCAACCUGGUGCUCUACACUCUUUCAGGUGAUACAUUUAGGAGGGCCUUUCUCAACGCUUUCCACUGGGAACGCUGCAUGACCAAAACAAGGUCACUGGUCCACCUGGCCGUCAUUAGCAAGGCAAGCAGGGACAAGUCUGCUACAUGACUGACAACACCUAACUUUCUUUCUUCAGUAGCUCUGUGACUCCUACUGUAGGCAUGCUGUAAUAAUAUGCACUCAUUGUGUCGUCUUUACCGUAGGUUCGUCUUGGGAAACUGUGCAGCAACCCAGAAGUGAAAAUAAUAAGGACUCAAUGUAUUAAUGACUCAAUAGUUAAGACCUUUGUCUACAGUUUUUCUUUCUCUAACUGGAAGUCCCCUGAGCAUAUUUACCUGACUUACAAUGGAUUCCUUUGUUUGAAGCCCCAAAAAUAUUUACUGUGUAGCUAUGGACCUUGGAAGAGAGUUUGUAUUUCUAAACUCUUUUGUUUGUGAUUCAGAUUUCCUAACAGAAUGCCUGAGCCUCUGACAUGCUAAUUUUAUUCAGAUUCUUUCAGCUAGUAAGACAACCCCCUAUGAGCAAUCAGGUUGAAAAAUGAAGCCACAAGAUACAAUGAGGGCAGCUUCUAGGACAGAACAUUGAGAUACUAGGAGACGCUUUGCUCUCCCCAAAGAGAUGCCACAGUGCUGCCUGAAUAUAGAGAACUGCUAGAUCUCACCUUAAAGUUUCAGAGUAUAUCAAAAAUUGAUGGGCAACAUGAUAGAUAGAUAUGUGAAACUUUUACAGGCAUUAUUGCUGUUACAGCUAUUUUAUACAUUUUAAAACAUCUACUAUAACAACACGCUAAAAUUCAAAAAGGAGUUGUAGCUAGCUGAGUCAUUUUAGCCUAUCAUUGUCUGGUUAAAUAAUCUUAAAAUAUUAUGCUGUCAAACGUAUCAUAUUGCAUUAAGCAUAUUUCAUUUUAUUGAGUUACACCUCUACUGGAAUGCUGAAUCAGAUUUUUUCCCCAUAAGCACCAAAGGCUUUGGCUCAUUUGACUAAAUUUGAUAAAGGAACGAACUUAUUUAAAGUUGGAUGGAUUACCAUUUUGUUAAACCUGCUUCACAACAUGCUACUUUGUUAUUUAAAGCACAUUAAAAGACAGCAAUCUUUAUAUCCAAAUCUGGUGAAAGUAACAGGAAAUAUAAAUUUCAUGUACAGUGCUUGAUGUGGCUGUUGAAGGUCUCAGUAUGAAUAGUGUGAGCAAUAAUGCUUUUUGACAAGAUAAGCAACAUUUAAAUUAAAAACAAUAACCAAAAUAAAUAAAUGUAUUCAGUGUGUGAACUUUUUCUAACAGGAGUCAUCAAAUAUAAUUUAGAAUCAGCAAAUUGACUCGUUUUAAUUCACCUCCACCCUCUACCUCUAGCACUUUUUUCUUUGAGGUUUCUCUUUGCGUCACAUUGGAAAUGGUCAGAAACGUUUUAAUUGCUGGCCCUAAAAACACUGCAUUAGUCAUCCUGCUUUGUUGCAUUUCCCCAACAGUGCUAUAAAACGAUUAUAUAGCCCGACAACACCUCCUCCAGUCAUGAUCUGUGCUAAGUGCUCACAUAUCCCAGAGUCUUUCAGAGUUCUCUGUGCAGAUGCGUUCACCUUUCCCAUGUGCUAGCAAGACAGGCUGCGCAAUUUUCUCAUUUCUCAAGCCUAGAUGCUCUAAGAGCAAGAGCCAAGGACUUGGGACCUUCAAAGAGGCCGAUAUUACUAAGUCAAACCAAAGCACAAAAUUUGUGAGAACACACAAACAAUCACCCAGAAGUCCUGGAACAAAGUCAUACUGUCAACCCAAAGACAUCCUCAACAGAAGCUUUUAUAUCAUUUGUCUAUUGCUGCUUCUUCCUGGAUACAGUGUAUUGUUCUGCUGUUGUUCCCUUUCCUGAUUUAUAUCUGAGAUUACAUUUACAAAGAAAGCCUAAAAUUCGUGAUAUUAUUUGUUGCAAAUGUUAAGGAAGCCAUCAGUCCUCUGGUUUUGUACGAGGGGGAAAAAAAUCCUGCAUCACUAACAUGUUUUUUGUUUUGUUUUGCUCUCAUACAAGCUGUGCAAGUAGAAUUGAAGCUACAGCUGGGAAUAAAGAGGCUAUUUUUGUCUAUGGCAUUUCCUUUUCUGCCUCCUGACUGAUCUUCUCCUCAUCCUCAUUUGCCUUCUCAUAGACAAAACACCUGCAUGGAGCAGUCUCCCACAUAGUAGACAGGUCUGGCCCAGAUCUAGGAUCAACCUGGCACUGCUUGCUGACUUCUGGAACGAUAAGACGUAUGUCAUCCAGAUAUGGACCAGGCCUGGCAUAGAUGGCGCUGUCUAUGUCAUGGCAUGCCAUAUCUGUCUUGAUUGUGGUUUGGGU